AUGUGUCAAAGGGAGUGCGUUUUCUUUGGAUUCAACAGUCAAAUGAAGAAAUGUCGUACCCACAAGAAACUAUUCACGUCUGAGCUGUCUGAUGAGGCCGGUUGGAGAUACUACUCUCAUAACGAUUGUGUUUUUUCUGCCAUGCCUAAAGAUUGUAAAGAUCUUUGUGAAGAAGGACACACCAGUACAGGGGUGUAUGAUGUAUACCCCUACAGUACAUCAACCAAUCCAAUCAGUGUAUACUGCGAUAUGACGACAAUGGGCGGGGGAUGGACGGUCAUUCAGAAACGCGUAGACGGAUCCGUGAACUUUCACAGGAACUGGGCGGAUUAUAAGAAUGGUUUUGGUUCACCUGAACGAAAUUUCUGGGUUGGAAAUGAGGUAAUCCAUAAAUUAACAAAAGACAACACCUUAUCCCUUUAUGUGUCCAUCACUAUCCAGAAUGGCACAACACUGUAUGAAAUGUAUGACCAAUUCUUUGUCUCCAACGAGGCAGGGAAAUAUCAACUCUCUCUUGCAGGACCUGCCACGGGGACCUUAGGAGACUCCAUGAUAGACACUGGUCCUUCCUGGGCUGAUCUGACUGGGAUGUACUUCUCCACCCCAGACAGGGAUAACGACGGGUGGCCUAGUGGUAACUGUGCUGCUACAUGGAGAGGAGGCUGGUGGUUUAACAGCUGCCGCCGAGCCUUCCUUAACGGUCCAUGGUCCUCGGUUUCCUGGUCCAACCCGUGGUAUCCCACAGUAAAGAACGGGACGUCAGUGAAGGGGACCAGCAUGAUGAUCAGACGUCACUAG